AAGAGGUUGGCAAGUUACAAGUAUGACUCCGAAUCCAAAUAAAAGUUCUUUGGAGGAAUUUCACCUACAAGUGAAGAGAUCUGUAGUGAGUGAAAAACCUGAAAAAAUUGAAAUUGUAUAUGUGAAUGUUUUUAUAUACGCUGCUUACCACCUUUUUGCUAUAUAUGGAUUGUAUCUAUCCUUUACAUCUGUUAAAUGGCCUACUAUUUUAUUAGGUGUUAUACUCUGGACUCUCUCAAUCCUCGGCACAACAAUGGGUUCGCACAGACUAUGGAGUCACAGAGCUUACAAGGCUAAAUUACCUCUACAAAUAUUGUUAAUGAUCUGUACAUCUAUAGCUUGCCAGUUAACUAGUUACAAUUGGGUUAGAGAUCACAGAAUGCAUCACAAAUAUUCUGAUACGAACGCCGACCCUCAUAAUGCUAAACGAGGGUUCUUCUUCUCUCAUAUGGGAUGGCUGUUUAUUAAAAAACAUUCCGAAAUGAAACGAUUAGGGAAUACAAUUUAUAUGGACGAUGUUCACAGUAAUCCUGUACUAAUGUUCCAAAAGAAAUAUGCAAUACCAUUCAUGGGAUCACUGUGCUUCAUAAUUCCAGUGUUAAUUCCUAUGUACUUCUGGAAUGAAACCUUCGCUAACGCCUUUAAUUUCAACAUAUUAAGAUUUAUUCUUGGCGUUCAUUCCAUUUGCUCCAUAAACAGUUUUGCACAUUUAUGGGGAAGUAGACCUUAUGAUGAGAAUAUAAUGCCGGUGGAAAACAUGGGAGUAUCUCUAGUUACAUUAGGAGAGGGCUUCCAUAAUUACCAUCAUUCAUUCCCAUGGGAUUACAAAGCAGGAGAACUUGGUAAUAACUGGUUGAACUUAAGUACAUCGACUAUCGACUUCUUCGCUAAGUUAGGAUGGGCUUACGAUCUUAAGACUGCGUCAGGUGAGGUAGUGGACGCUAGGAUUAAAAGAACUGGUGAUGGAACCUAUAAAAGAGAAAGCUUUAAAGAAAACGACAGAAGAAAGAAAGAAAAGAACAUAGGACAUUGAAGAAUAAAUUUUAAUAUCGUGAUAUCGACUGUGGGUUUUGAUUAUUGUUGUAAAAGAACUAUUUGUUAUCUAAAAAUAAAAAUAAAAAACCCGACUGACUUUACCCUAGAACACUCAGGGGAAGAAAAAUAAUCAAAUAAGACCUCUUUCGUCAAAAUCAGUUCAGUCGUUUACGCUACAGGAUGUUACAAUGAUAUUGAAAAACGAGCACAUGAAAGUAUACGAGAAAACAUCCUGUGUCAGUCGUUUAAUACCUGUGGUUAUAUUUGAUAGAAUUUCCCCUGACUUUUGAUGUUUUAAUACUUAGCUGUACAAAAGCUAAUCAUAAAAUUGUGUAUUUAACUAAAUAUAA